ACCGCCGCGAAAUGAAUUGUUCGUGUCAUGGUUUGUUUACGUCCAUUAAAAACUAAAGUUUAAAAAAAAUGUGGGUUGACGUGAGUGGGCGGGAAAGGCAAAAUUACUUGAAUCAAACAAAUGGAUCUUUUAUUCCAGGAUACACAGGACACUGUCCGAUGCUGAAAUUCCGCUACGGCAAAUGUUAUGGAGACAACACGAGACAGAUACUGAGGGAAAUACGCAGCAAAGGGUUGUUUAACAAACCUCUGGAGUACCGUCCAGGCGACAACUAUGAGCUGAAUAACAUGCCGCGGUGUGACCGGCCAAAACACGAUGUCUACGACGGCUUACGCAACCGGCAAACUGCGCACAUGAUUGGCUAUACUGGAUACGUGCCUGGCAUGAACUUCAGAUACGGUAAAUCCUACGGGCGAGCAGCAGACGAUUGUAUGGCGGACUUUACGGAGAAACAACGGGAGCUAAGACGCAAGGCAGACAUGACAAAAAGCUACGUCAGAUCCAGGAGUGCACCUAAGAUGGAAACUAUUCACUCGAGAGACGAAAUACGAAGAGAAUUGAAUAGAUUUAAAGAAAUCAAUAAGUACAAAGAAAACACAAUAUCGCCAGAAUUCCCACCAAUAGCAGGAUACACUGGUCAUAUACCUCGUAUUAAAGGAUCAGAAGCAUCAUUAAGUCAAAGAUACCACUGUGCUGCGAGGCGAGGCUUGGAACUCAUACGAAUGGAAAAGGAAAAAAGGAAAGAACUCCAAAACGCUAACAUUAACGUCAGAGCAAUACUAAAAGAACACGACAAGAAGUAUUCAUAUUGCAAUUGGGGAUAGCACACAGGCAGAAGAAUGUUCUUUAAUAAAUGUCGUUGAACAUUCUUCUGAUGCUAAAUUGAGUCUAUCAGUAUUUUGAAUUAAUUGAGUAUUGAUAAUUAUAAAGCGUAGUCGCACACAAAUUGUUUGAUCGUUUUGAAUGGUCAACCAAACAUCUUUCUACCAUUGCUUCGCUGUUGGAUUGUCGCUUGUGUGACUAGACACUUAAAGCUUUAAACCAACCGGAGACGCCAUCGACUGGCCAACCCCUCCGCCAAAGGUAUGAGAACGGCAUCCUUGUGUGAAAGAGACUAUGCUUAAAGUCACGCUAUUGUUGCUUAAUUUCGUAGCGUGUACAUGACCGAGAAAUGCGUUAGUUAGUAACUAGCAUUUUAUUUGUGUGCUUGCCUCGUCCUCCGUAAAAGUGGCACACUUUUUAGUUUUAGAAAUUAGAACUCGUGGUGCCUCCGGUUCGUUAAAUGCUCUA